CUGGUUCCUUUUUCGCUUAGACGGUGAAGGUGCAACAGUAAUCGGUCGUCCCGAAUCCGGGUUCAUCCGACACCCUCACCAAUUCAAAUCGAACUGAGCUCAACUUCAGCUGAUACGCCAUGCCUCCUAAAUUCGACCCCAACGAGACUAAAGUUGUGUUCUUGAGGUGCACAGGAGGAGAGGUUGGUGCCACAUCCUCACUGGCCCCCAAAAUUGGACCUUUGGGUCUUUCCCCCAAAAAGGUGGGUGAUGACAUUGCAAAGGCUACCGGUGACUGGAAGGGUCUGCGUAUCACUGUGAAACUGACCAUCCAGAACAGACAAGCAGCGAUUGAGGUAGUGCCAUCAGCCUCUGCCCUCAUCAUCAAGGCUCUGAAGGAACCUCCCCGUGACAGGAAGAAGGUCAAGAACAUCAAGCAUGCUGGAAGCGUUACAUUUGAUGAGAUCGUCAGCGUUGCCCGUGUCAUGAGGCCACGAUCAAUUGCCAGGGAGCUUUCUGGCACCAUUAAGGAGAUUCUGGGCACAGCACAGUCUGUGGGCUGCACCAUUGAUGGUCGUCCUCCCCAUGAUGUCAUUGAUGACAUAAAUAGUGGCAAAGUUGAAUGACCAGCUGAAUAAAUACAAUCAAGACAAUAAAAUUUGUUGAUAAACUCAA